AUGUAUGGAAACAGUGAUCCUAGGUCCUGUGGAAGCCAUGAGACAGUUAACUCCAGCCAUGAAGCUGUGCUUAUUGUUCUUUGUGCUUCUCUUUCUCAAUACAGGCGCUUUGAUUACCGUCCAAAAGCUGAUCCUUACUGCCAAGCUCGUUACACCUUCUGUCCCACUGGCUCUGCCAUUCCAGUUAUGAAGGAAGAGGAUGUUAUUGAAGUUUACCGAUUACAGGCUCCAGUAUGGGAAUUCAAAUAUGGGGACCUACUAGGACAUUUGAAAAUCAUGCAUGAUGCUGUGGGUUUCAAGAGCUCUCUAACAGGCAAAAACUACACAAUGGAGUGGUAUGAGCUCUUCCAACUUGGAAACUGCACCUUUCCACAUCUCCGGCCUGGCAUGGAUGCACCAUUCUGGUGUAACCAGGGAGCUGCCUGCUUUUAUGAAGGAAUAGAUGAUGCACACUGGAAGGAAAAUGGAACUUUAGUUCUUGUGACUACAAUAUCAGGAGCCAUGUUUAAUGAAAUGGCAAAAUGGGUAAAAUAUGACAAUGAGACUGGCAUUUACUAUGAGACCUGGACAGUUCAAGCAAGUCCCAACAGACAAUCAAUAGUAUGGUUUGACUCUUACGAAUGCUCUAAAUUUAUACUGAGAACAUACCAGAAGCUAGCUGACUUGGGAGCUAUAUUUAAGAAGAUACAAACAAACUAUACGAGCAUAAUUUUAUUCAGUGGAGAACCUAUUUAUUUGGGAAAUGAAACAUCUAUUUUUGGACCUCUAGGAAACAAGACAUUGGCAGCAGCUAUAAGAGACUUCUACUAUCCAUUCAAACCUCAUCGGACAGUCAGAGAGUUUUUUGUGGAUCUUUUAAAAAUAAUCGAUCGUGUCAUUCUGAAUCAUCAGUUUUACCUCUUCUACAACUUGGAGUACUGGUUUUUACCUAUGAAGUUUCCAUAUCUCAAAAUAAUUUAUGAAGAGGUCCCUUUACCUGUUGGAAACAAAACAUUCUUUGGUGUAUAAUUGCUUCCUGAAGAAUCAAACUUGCCCUUAUGUCAGAAUAUCUCUGAGGAUUUUGAAGUGCUACCAUGAUGGUAUUAGUGUUGUGUGUUCCACUGCUAACUGUAAAAGUCAUGUUGGGAAGGCUUUGCUAGACCCCAUGAAAGACUGCCUUUUUUUUUUUUUUUUUUUUUCUUUAAUUACCUGUAUAGCACAUUUCAUGAACGCUUCAGCAUCUCUGAUGACUGGCUUCUGUGUGACCACGGGCAUCUGCUGCCUGAAGGUGAGCUGAUGUGGCUGCUCUUGGCUAAACUCUGCUGGGCCCAAGGGGGAGCAGGAGGCAGCCUGCCAGCUCUGGUCACAGGUGUUCUCCACAUACGUGGCCAUGUGGCCACAGAUAGCACCUGGUCACCAACAGAGAUGGGACACAAGCAUUACAAGGACCUUCUGGUCUGACCAGCUUGGCUAAUCCACGUGUUGGAGCUAACAAACCUGAGUGCCUAGAUGUGCCCACUUCCCUCAAUGUGUGCCUUAGAAGAAUGUUUCUGUAUUUCUUUGGUUUGUGCGUCUGGGACUUAAGACCUGUUUUCUGGUUCAUGAAGUAGGUGUUCAGCGUGGUGGGAAGGGGCAGUGAACACAUUAGAAGAUGGCAUGGGUGGUAUCUUUUCAUCACUCUGCUUCCUUCACCUGUACUGUAAACACAAUACAGAUGGCUUUUCCUAA